CUGUCCGGUUUCAAGCCCCCAAAUCGUACACGUCGUAUCUAUAGAAGAAGUUCCAACUAAAUUAGGAUCAACUUCAUUCCAAUCAAAGCUGGUCAAUGGUGCACAAAAAUCUGAAUUUUUAUUGUUGUUUAAAACGCAUUCGAGUCUCGUAUCUGGCUCUCCCGCCCUCCAAACCCUCAAAUAGUCCCCACUAAAAAUAAAUAAUAAAAUACUGUUAACAAGAAAUUUUAUCAAUAAUAAAAACCAGAACUAUGUAUGUAUUUACCUUGUAGCCAACAAAUCUGGAAAAAUCCCCUUACUAUCUGGUAUCCACAUGAUUUUAGUCGUAGGAUAAGGAUGAUCGAAUGUACUUUUCGCAGAAAACUCACUACUAUCUUCAUCUAAAGAAAUGACCUGAACUUUAUUGUUGUACUCCUCUACGAAGCUGCCGAGAGCAAGUCUGAACCUUUUGUCGGGUCGUACUGACCAGUUCAUACUGUACAGCGGCCAGGGGGCCACAUAUUUGUAGAUUUCUUUGCGUUUCCCACCGGGGACAACCCCUGAGUGGGCCAUUUCUAAAAACAAUACGUUAAUGGAUUGAUUUAGAGGAUAUUGUGGAGUUUACUUACUGUGGAGAUCAAUUUUUACGGUUUGUUUUUCACCGUUUCAACAGAAAGCAGGGAAAUCCUCGGAAAAUCUAUUUGUUUAUAACAAAUAACAAUAUCGGCUUGACCUUGACACUUGACAAGAGUUAUAUGACAGAUGGCAUCUAUUGAAGAAUUUCUUUGUCGGUAUACAGAAUUCUGUAUUCUAUUACAAUUUUUAUUCGAUUUAGUGAAUAAUCUUUUUGAUUUUGGCAAAUUAUUUAUAACAAGAAACAUUUAUUAACAAUAAUUAACAAACUAUAACAGUUUCUACGUUUAUUAUUUUUAUAUUAGUAAAAAAUUUCGAUGACUUACAGCGCCCUCUAGUAAUAGACGCAGUUCGUCUGGUUUCUUGUUUAAAUCCAAAAUACCCAUAACCCGGUAGUGUGUGCACGUGUUUUGAAGGCAAACUUAUAAAGAAAUGAGUGUCAGAGGAUUUUUGUGCCUUAGAAAAUUUGGUACGGAUGUGAAAACAACAAAAUUCUUCACUACACCUAUUUAUUAUGUGAAUGCAAAUCCGCACAUCGGACAUCUCUACAGCUCGCUAAUCGCGGACGCCGCCCAAAGAUGGCAGCAAAUGUCCGAAAGCGGCACGAAAAUCAAAUUUUCAACAGGUACAGAUGAGCACGGAUCAAAAAUUCAACAAGCUGCUAAUAAAAAUAACACGUCUCCUUCCGUGUAUUGCGAUAAAAUUUCGUCUGAGUUUGAAAAAUUGGCACAGGAAUUUAGUAUAGGUUGUACGGAUUUUAUCAGGACCACUUCAGAAGGGCAUAAACGUACUGUACAGUUGUUUUGGAACACUUUAAAAAACAACGACAAAUUCUACUUGUCGAAAUACGAAGGAUGGUACUGCGUCCCAGACGAAACGUUUUUGACAGAAUCUCAAUUAAACGAGACAGUAGGAAGUGAUGGUAAAAAAAUCUUGGUUUCCGCGGAAAGCGGACACCCUGUAGAAUGGAGUAGCGAAGAAAAUUACAUGUUCAAACUCAGCCAGUAUCGCGAUGAUCUUAAGCAUUGGUUGAAAACAAACGAAAACGUCGUAACUCCCAAAAAAUUCCACAAAAUUCUUCAGGAUUUUUUGGAUCAGGACGACGGUUUGCAGGAUCUUUCGGUAUCCAGACCGACCAGCAGGGUCAGUUGGGGCAUCACCGUCCCAGACGAUCCUUCGCAAAGCGUUUACGUCUGGUUGGAUGCUCUGACGAAUUAUUUGACAGUAGCGGGAUACGGUAACGACGAUGAAUUGUUCAAGAGAACUUGGCCUCCGGACGUUCAAGUCAUUGGCAAAGAUAUUUUGAAGUUUCACGGCAUUUAUUGGCCAGCUUUUCUUCUAGCGGCCAAUCUAGAACUGCCAAAAUCAAUUUUUUGCCAUUCACAUUGGACCGUUGACAACGAAAAAAUGUCAAAAUCUAAAGGAAACGUUGUCUGUCCUUUCGAAACCGCCAAAACUUACACGACAGACGGCGUACGAUAUUUUCUACUGCGCGAAGGAGUCGCUCACAGCGAUGGAAAUUACAGUGAUGUAAAAGUGUUGAGAACUCUCAAUUCCGAGUUGGCCGAUACGUUGGGAAAUUUAUUGAGCAGGUGUACCGGUAGCGCGCUAAAUCCAAAUCAAAAAUUUCCAAAAAUUGAUAAAAAUGUUUUGGAAGAGUUGAAAAAAUCGGACACCACCAAAAGACUGAUUGAAAAUGUGGAAAAUUUACCAGACACCUGCAAAAACCAUUACGAAACCCUCAACUUCUACAAAACAAUAGACGCAAUUCUCGCCACCUUACAUAGCGCCAAUCUAUUUUUCGAAACACUAAAACCGUGGGAACUCAAGAAAUCUCCAGAAACCCAUCCACAUCUUGACGUCGUCCUUCAUCUAACCUUGGAAACGUUGAGGGUGACCGGAAUCUUGCUUCAACCCAUCAUUCCCAACAUGUCGCAAACGUUGCUGGAUAAAAUUAACGUUGGAAAUAGCGAAAGAAACUUUUGUGAUGCUAAAAAAGUUUCUUGGCGCGAUGUAGGUUUUAAGGAAAAGGAUUUGAGCACUGAUAAAAUUGUUUUGUUCAGAAGGAUCGUCAGUGAAGAUGAUAAAGAUAAGAAAGUAAAAGGUAGGAAAGGUUGAAGUGUAUUUAGCAACAUUUUUAAAUAAAAAUUUA